AUGAAGUUGUUGUAAUAAAUGAAAUUGAAAAAAUGCUUGAUGAAAGAAUCGAUGAGGUUGAAGAAUAUCAUUUGAAAUCUCCUCAAAUAGGUCCUACAUCACCUAUAUAUAUUCCAGUAUCUCCUACUCAGUAA